CCCGAGCUCGUCCUAUCCACUCUCCCUCUCUCUGUGUCUCGUGCUGUGACUCGCGCAGGGCGGCCUCUCAUUGGCUGCCGGCGGACACCCGGAGCAGGUAGCUCUCCUCGGUGCUGAAAUCGCAGCUCGUGCUGAUAAUGUAAACGGCGAUGAGGCCAACCGGAGCGUCAGCCAGUAAACACCAAAAUGGACGAUGAUCUAUUCCAACUGAGACAGCUGCCUGUCGUCCGCUUCCGUCGCACAGGUGAGAGCACACGCUCCGAGGAUGAUGGAGAGAACAGAGAACAGGCUGUCAGGAUUGCAGAGCAGACUGAUCUGGAGUCUGUGGCUCUCACAGACGGGGCACCGGUUCCUCGGGAGUUUGCCAAUCCAACUGAUGACACAUUCAUGGUGGAAGAUGCUGUAGAGGCCAUUGGCUUUGGGACGUUUCAAUGGAAACUCUCCAUCCUCACUGGUCUGUCCUGGAUGGCUGAUGCUAUGGAGAUGAUGAUCCUCAGCAUCUUAGCCCCUCAGCUCCACUGUGAAUGGAGGCUGCCCAGCCUCGAGGUGGCACUGCUUACAUCGGCAGUGUUCAUUGGGAUGAUGAUCAGCUCGUCUCUUUGGGGAAACAUUGCUGACAGAUAUGGCAGAAAGACAGGUCUCAAGAUGAGUGUGCUGUGGACUAUGUUCUAUGGCAUUAUGAGUGCAUUUGCGCCUAUUUAUGGGUGGAUCCUCGUCCUCCGGGCACUGGUGGGCUUUGGCAUCGGAGGAGCGCCACAGUCGGUGACACUGUAUGCUGAGUUUCUGCCUAUGAAGUCCAGAGCUACAUGCAUCUUGCUGAUUGAGAUAUUUUGGGCGCUGGGCACUGUGUUUGAGGUCCUCCUAGCCAUCCUGGUGAUGCCCACUCUGGGCUGGCGUUGGCUGCUCGGCCUCUCCACCAUUCCUCUCGUCAUCUUCUCCGUCCUGUGUUUCUGGCUACCAGAGAGCGCUCGAUAUGACGUGCUGACAGGGAAUCAGGAAAAAGCACUGGCCACAUUGAAGCGCAUCGCCACAGAGAAUGGAGCGCCGAUGCCACUGGGUAAACUUAUCGCUGCCAGACAGGAGGACCGUGGAAAGAUUCGAGACUUAUUUUCAUCACACUUUCGCUGGACAACAGUUCUGCUGUGGUUUAUUUGGUUCGCAAAUGCCUUCUCUUACUAUGGACUGGUGCUGCUCACCACAGAGCUGUUUCAGGAGGGAGGUGCAUGUGGGAUGUCCAAAGGUAACAAGAUGGAGCUCCGAUGCAGCCUCGAGUGUAAAUAUCUGAACUCUGAUGACUACAAAGACCUGUUGUGGACCACCUUAUCUGAAUUCCCAGGACUGCUGGUGACACUGUGGGCUAUUGAUCGUUUGGGAAGGAGGAAGACCAUGGCUUUGUGUUUCUUUGUCUUCUCUAUGUGCAUCAUCCCACUCUAUGGCUGUGUGGGAAGAGCCUCCAUGACGGUGUUGAUAUUCAUCGCCAGAGCUUUCAUCGCAGGAGGAUUCCAGGCUGCUUAUGUGUACACGCCAGAGGUGUACCCCACAGCAACCAGGGCUUUAGGUCUGGGUACGAGCAGUGGAAUGGCAAGAGUCGGUGCCCUCAUCACACCUUUUGUUGCACAGGUGAUGUUGGAGUCAUCUGUGUACCUGGCUCUGUCUGUGUACUGCUGCUGCUGCCUUCUGGCCGCCAUCGCCUCCUGUGCACUGCCGAUUGAGACGACAGGCCGGGGCCUGCAGGAGUCCAGCCACCGUGAGUGGGGCCAGGAGAUGACGGGCCGGGCCGCCUCCAAAACCUCAGAGGAAGUCCCUCCCUCCAGCUCCGAAUCCCAGGGCUGAGGACACUACGGCUGGAGUACAACUGAGAGAGGUGACCACAGUGAGGAAAAGAGGAGAGGCGAGGCAAAAAAAAAAAAAAAAGAAGCUGGACCAGCUUUCUGUCCAUCUCCAGUCCCAUCCUAUGACUCUUCAGACAUAGACUCUUUCAGCACCACAGUGGCUCCAGAAAGCCAGGCAGCACAAUAUUAUAUAUUGUAUUAUACAGUGUUUAACCACCAUUGCUGUCACAAUUUUACCACUGAAUAGCUGCACACGGUGCGACUGGAAAGACCAUAUGACCUACACGAGUGCAAGAUUUUAAAAAAAGAAAAAAGGUGGACAGUGAAUACUUGAAGCAAAGUAUUUAAAUCCUGCUUUUCUAAUGCAAGAGAAGCAAAGAAGAACAAAGUGGGAAAAGUGUGAGCUUCAGAUAACCAUUUUCUUAUCAAAGAGCCUUAAAACUACCUAUUCUUUUUGAAAAAGCUGUGUCUGUUAGCAUACUGGACAUAGAUGCGUAGAUAAGAAAGAGCAUCAUCUUGUGCACACAAAUUGUCUGUUAAAAUACACAAGCUUUCUAAAAUGUGCGUUGCUGGAGUUAGGGACGGGGUCAAAUCAACAGAUCAUUAAAUAAAAUAAGGUCUGGGGGUUACUUUAUUUAAGACUCACUGCUGUUGAGGCAGUAAAAGGACAAGCUGCACAGUAAGUCACUGUGUUAAAUAUGUUCAGUUUUCUUGUGUCAGUAUUAUUUCACAGUUUAACGUGGAUUAUUUACAAAAACCUGACAAAUCUGCCUUCAUCAUAAGCAUAAUCAGCGACAUGAUAUAGCCGAAAAUAUUUCAAGACUAUAGCACAAUUGUCUGCAAGUCAACAGAUCCUGCGCUGCAUUUGAAGACAUCAUGAAAGUUACUGUUGAAGUAUUAGAAAAUCUAAAUCUGAGUAUUUUCAUCACCCAAAGCAGACUCAACCUACCUAGUGAGAGUAACAUGAUUUAAAAAAUGACAUAAACAUGAGUAUAUGGUGUUACAGUCUAUAAAUGCUGCGUAUCUUGCCCGACUCUACCAGAUUUUGAGACUGUGGAUACAUCGACCUACACAACCAUUUAACAGGAUGUAACAUUCUGUCUUUCUGUAAAUAUUGUAUCAAUACCUGGUUUCGUUGUUGUCCUUGCUUUUGUUUGUAACAACGGUGAUGUGGAGACAGACUUUGCUCAGUCUGAGUGAAACACUGAGUAAAGUUUUGUUAACUAGUAAAGAUCCAGCAAGCCAACUCUUUACCUGCCAGUGUUUGAGAUAUAGUGCUGCAUUAAGUGUCUGUGUGCACAGAUUCUUGUCAAUGCACUGGAUGUAAAUGUGUAUGAUACUAUAGUAAAUAGUCUUUAAAAAAGAG